AUGUUUGAUAAACUUAAGAUUAAAUCAAAGGGUUCCAAAAUUGGACCAGCUUCACCAGCUGCAACUCCUGGUAAAGCACCAUCGAAGAAGCAAAUCUACCAAUCUCGCCUGAAUUUUGGUGUGAAUAUCGGAGCUUGUUUUGUGAUGGAAAAGUGGAUAUUCCACGAACUAUUCCCAGAUGGAGCUGACUGUGAAUUAGAAGCUGUAAGCAAGCAAGUAGAACAGAAUGGUGAAAAGGAUGCGCAAAAGAAGUUUGAGCACCAUUGGAUCAACUUUAUGAACGAUGAUGACUGGAAAUGGCUACAAGAUCAUCAUGUUGAUAGUGUUAGAGUGCCAAUUGGGUACUGGGAAGUAGGUGGAGGCAAAUAUGCUAAGGGUACUAAAUUCGAAAAGUAUGCUAAGAGUGUAUACUCGAAUGCAUGGGAUAUUUUCAAGAAGGAAUUUGUAGAGAAAGCUGGCAAGCACAAUAUUUCAGUUGUGGUUGAUAUUCAUGGUUUACCAAAGGGUGCUAACGGUUCUGACCACAGUGGUGAAAAGUCAGGUGGAGAAGCAGGAUUCUGGAACUGUCAAGAAUCACAGCUUUUGGUAUGUGAAAUGUUGGAAUUUAUCGCCAGUGACUUGAAGAAGUAUGACAAUAUUGCAGCUAUUCAAAUUGUCAACGAAGCUGACUUUGCUAAUGAUCCAAAGAGACAAUCGCGCUACUAUGCAGCUGGUAUUUCGCUGAUUCGUAAGGCAGACAGCGAGGUUCCAGUGGUUAUUUCUGAUGGAUGGUGGCCAGAUCAAUGGGUCAAAUGGAUCCAGGACAACCAAUCUGAUGGAGAAUCUUUAGGGGUUGUAGUUGACCACCAUUGCUACCGCUGUUUCUCUGACGAUGACAAGAAGAAGUCCCCACAAUCCAUCAUUGGUGACUUGGAUAAAGAUUUAUUAACCAAUCUCACGGAUAACGGUAGAGGAGUAGACUUUAUGGUUGGGGAAUAUUCUUGUGUUUUAGACGGUGAUUCGUGGGGAAAAGACGGAGCCAAUGACAAGAGAGAUAACUUGGUUGUCGAUUACGGUAGACGUCAAGUAGACCUUAUUUCUCAAAGAGCCGGUUUCGGGUCGUUUUUCUGGACCUUCAAAUUCCAAUCAGGAAAUGGUGGCGAAUGGGACUUUAGAACCAUGUUUGAUAAGGGUGCAAUUCAACCACCUUUGUCUAUAAAGGGAAAACAAGUACCAGAUGAGUCUGUAUUCAAGCAAAAGUUGGAUAAUGCAUUUGGUGGCCAUUCGGAUUACUGGAAUAAGCAAAAUUCAAAAGAAAAGUACGAACAUGAUAGAUACAAGGAUGGUUUCACUACAGCCUGGAAAGAUUCAUUAGAGUUUGCUAAAUUUGACGGGUCUGUUAUUGGUAGAACUGGUGCAUGGAAGGCUGCAAGAUUAGCUGAGCACAUUAAAGAUAAGGGUCUGCUGAAAUUUAUUUGGGAAUGGGAACAAGGAUUCGAUGCUGGUUUGAAAGAAUUCCUUAGUAGUUUCUAG